GUUCAAUUUGUUUUCUUUUGCAAAUCACAACUAAAUCACAAACAUUAAAAUCAAAAUGUUCAAAUUCACCGCUAUUGUCUUGAUGGCCAUCGUUGCCUGCGUUGCUGCUAAACCCGGUGUUGUUGCUCCAUUGGCUUAUACUGCUCCUUUGGCUGCCAGCGCUGUUGUCUCUCAGGAAUAUCAUGGUAACUUUGCUGCUCCCUAUGUAGCUGCUGCUCCUUACGUUGCUGCCGCUUCUCCUUACGUAGCUUCUCCCUAUGUUGCCUCACCAUACGUUGCCUCACCAUAUGUAGCUGCUCCUUAUACCACUUAUGCUGCUGCCUCUCCUUACGUAGCUGCUCCCUACACUGCUCCUCUUUUGUUGAAGAAGUAAAUAUAAAUUGACUGUUAACGAUUUGUUUGUUGUAUUCGAUACUCAGGAAUGUUUUUUUUUUGUAGUAAAUUUUAUUAAAUUAAUAAAAUAACAAAAAUUGUUAUAAAAAC